UCCAGCGAGAGCUCACAUAUUCCCGCUUUGCUGAAGUCAGUGACUGCUUCACUCUCUCAAGUUGGAACAAACUUGGAAAUGACCUCUGAUGACCUCCAGAGUAAGACUAUGAGGAGUCAGCCUGAUCAGGAAUCACAUGAAGAAAAAGCUAAAGGUCUUUAUUUUCAUUCUCCUGGGAGGUGGUAUGCUGCGACAGUGACGCUAGGGAUCCUUGGCCUGGGAUUACUUGUCACGAUUCUAAUUCUGGUCGUGCAACUAUACCAGGUGUCUGAUCUCCUAAAGCAACAGCAAGCAAACCUGACUUGCCAGGAAAAUAUGUCGGAGGGACAAUUUUUAGCCCAACAGGGAACAGAAAAAUCUUCCAAAGAAUCACAAACGGAACUCAAAGAAAUGAUAGAAACUCUUUCCCAGAUGCUAGAUGAGAAAUCCAAAAUACUAACGGACCUGCAGCAACAGAACCUGAAUCUACAAGAAGCUCUGAAGAAAGCAGCAAACUAUUCAGGUCCUUGUCCCCAAGACUGGAUCUGGCAUGAAAAAAGCUGUUACUUCUUUUCCUCUGGUCCAUUUAAUUGGGAAACAAGUCAAGAGAACUGCUUGUCUUUGGGUGCCCAGCUGCUGAAAAUUAAUAGCACAGAAGAUUUGGAAUUCAUCUCCCAAGCAAGUGCCCACUCUAAUUUUCCAUUCUGGAUGGGAUUGUCUCGGAGGGCACCCAGCUCCUCCUGGCUCUGGGAGGAUGGUUCUCCGUUGUUGCCUCACUUGUUUAGACUCCGGGGAGCCGUUACCCAGAAGUACCCUUCAGAUACCUGCGCGUAUAUACAGAGGGGGACUGUCUUUGCUGACAAUUGCAUUUUAAGUGCAUUUAGCAUCUGUCAGAAGAGGGCAAUUCUACUGCAAGCACAAUGAAGCUGAAAGCUCAGGAAGGCAAGGAGGAGAAAAUGUUGACCGAAUUCUCUUUAGGAGCAUGUAGCUCUUCAUCACUUCGAGGCAAACCUUGAGCAUUUAAGAACUGCCUGUUAGCAGAUGGCCGCAGAUUCCCUGUGAAGACGGGGCUUCCCAAAGCCUGACACUUUCACACCAAACAUACCAAACAUCUCGAUUCUGUCUUUAUGUAUGCUUUUUCGCCUUUCCAGUCCUGAGUUCCCCGGGCACACUUUGAUUCCUCUUUCCUUUGGAUUGCAAUGGCCUCCUUCUCUUUACCCCGCCAGCAACCCUCUGUACACAGUGCUCUCCGUGCCGCCUUCCCCCAACCCGUCUCAAACCACACAGACAACCCACACGGAGAGCUUGCCCAACGGCAGACGGAAAGCUCAAAAGAGGAAGUGAGGACGUGGCACAGUGCACAUGCUAAAUAAAAAAUAGUAGAAGUAGAAAAUCCUGCUCUCAAUAUUAAAAACUACCUCUUGUUGGUCUUGAAUUGUGGUCCUUCUCCAGACUUCACGAUAUUUUCAUUCCCCUGUCUCUACACACACACACACACACACACACACACACACACACACACACACACACACACACACAUACACCCCUUGGUAUCUGUGGAGGCACUUGGAAUGUAAUUAAAAAUUUGAUGUCUUACCUUUGUGCUACAAUUCAUUAGCAUUUUUCUAAUCAGAUAUUGUUUCUCCAUUGGUUUCUACUAAAGCACAACUUCUUUUCUGUUUGUUUGUUUUGGAGCCACACCUGGCGAUGUUCAGAGGUUACUCCUGGCUCUGCACUCAGAACUUACCCCUGGUGGUGUUCUGGGGUUCAUAUGGGAGGCUGGCGAUCAACCCCAGUAGGUCAUGUGCAAGGCGCGUGCCCUCCUGUGACACCAUCUCUUUGGCCACCAAAAAACAGUUUCAAUCCUUCAAAACAGUAGUUAUUAGACUCAUGGGGUUAAUGAGAAAAAUGAUUAAAAAUUUGUCCCUGUGCAUCCAUUUCCUUUUGGAUGACCUCUUCUCAACUGUUAUGCUGCGCUGUGAAGCAAAAAAAUAUUGAAGACCAACAAUGAAGACAUUUAAUUUCAGAAUAAACUGAGCCAGAUUAGGGAAUGCUGUGAAAUUUAGAAACAAGUGGAAUAUUGCUUCUAUUUUUAGUUCUUCUCCUGUUCUACUCCCAUUCUAUUUCCCUUCAAAGACUAUUUUAUUCAAAAGGUAGCUUUUCUAUUUUGUUAUAUAUAAUUCAGCACCUUUCUACCAAAAGGAAACAGAAAAAGCAGACUCAUCUCUAGGACAAGAGAUAUUUUCUUUUAUAGACAGUUUUGCUGAGACUAUGGAUGUACAACAAAUUAAAACUAUUUUAAGUACACAGCUGAUGUCUUCAUAUAUGUAAACAUGUCCCCUGGAAAUUGUAAUAAUUAAGAUAACAAUAUACUGCUGCACCCAAAAGUUUCAUCAUAUCCCUCCCCUUUGCUUCCUGUCUCAGCAACUGAGUUUGUUCCAGUUAGCAAUUGUGGCAUUCACACAGCACCCUUUUGUGACAACUAGUUUCUUUCACUUAGCAUUGAUAUUUAGGCACCCACCCAUCGUGUUGCUUGUAUCACCUUUUCGUUCUUCUAAAAGGUUGAAGAUUAUUUUGUUGCUAGUUUAUGCCACCAAUCGCUGCUUAUCCAUUUACCUGUUGAUGUUUUUUGGUUGUCCUCAGUUUUGGGUUAUUGAAACUGUUUGAACAUUUAUUACCAUUCUUUGUAUGAACAGAGAUCUCUCUGCCUUUGUGUAAACACUUAGCUUUAUCUCUGAUUUAUUCAGUGGAUGUGCAUCAACCUAUUUAAGAAACUGUCAAACUGUUCUCUAAAUAUAUACCAUAUUUCUCUCCUAACAGCGUGUACAAAUGUCCCAAUUUCACCUCACUGCUAUUUUUACUUCAUAUGGUCAGCAUUGAAAAUUGAGUCAUUUUAUUGUGUAGUGGUAUAUCAUGGUAGCUUUAAUUUGAAUUUCCUAAAUAAAAAAAACUUGAGUAUCUAUUGAUUUGUUUCUUUAUAUUUAGUGCUUAUUUCCUAUUUGUCUGUUUUCUUUGAUUGGGUAACUACACAAUCUUAUGAAGUUUAGAGUAUUUGUUUUCUCAUUGCCGAGUUUUUCAAGUUCUUUUUAC